GUCUUAACAGGAAGAACAAGAGAAUCUUCUCCUCCUCAUCAUCAUUCCCUUCUUUAAAUAAGGGACUAGAGAGUGAAGACUUCACUGCCCUCCACCAAACCUCAAGUCAUCUCUCUUCAGCAAGGUUCUGAAAUAUUAAUUGAAGAGCAAUGGGGGGACAUUUAAGCAAAGAAGAAACUGAUGAUCAAUCCUACAGUGAUGAAUUCACAAACACAUUCAUCGAUCAACUCAUCCAGUCUACUGAAAGAGAUGAGAGCAACACCGAAGCUGAACCUGAUCCAAUCCAGUCAGAGAAGUUAAAACCCAUCAAGAACCACGAAUUCUUCGAGAUUUGCAAGGAGACUCAAAAAAUCUGUAUCAACAUAGUCAAAAUCGGGAACAAGGUCCAUGUAGAAGGAAAAGCUAAGAGACGGAUUGAAAGAGAUGAUUUAAACAGAUAUGUCAAAACAAUAGCGAAAGACUCAACAACUUUGUUGGGGAAUCUGGAUGAGAUAUCAAACAGAUUGGAGGGUUUAAGUAACAAAGUUGAUAAGAAGCUGAUAACUGCUGAGAGGUGGGGGAAGAUCUUAGGGAUUAUACUCAAUGUUGUCUACGCGGUUCUCUCGGCGACUAUGUAUACCAUCCUUGUCAUGUCUACCAUUGGCAUUUCAGUUCUACCUGAUCUUGAUGUUGCCAUAUGGAGUGCAGUGAAAGCUUGUUUGAUAUCUAUGCGCAGAAAGUUUAAGUUAUUUAGAGGGGAAAAAAGUGGCAGAAUUGGCAAUACUCCAGAAUGCAGUUAUAACAGUAAGAAACAACUUGGAUGGCAUUAAGGAUAGUAUCAGUGAAUUGUUAAAGGCAAAUGCUGAUGAUCAAGAAUUGUGUGACAUAUUGGAGAAGAUUAAGUGUUUGCUGCAACAAGUUGAAGAGUUUUGAGUCCAAGAAAAAGCGGUUCCCAACUGUAUAUACAGUUUAGUAUUUUCGAGUUUAGAUCCUCUACACAUACAUUCAGGUGAACGUACACUUUGGGUGCCGACAUAUAUCCUAGUUAACUACAUUGAAGACUAGUAAUCAUGGAAACAAAAGGGGCAAGUGUUGGCAUACAAAGAGUAAUACUUGCUAGGUCCUGCUAAAAACUGUGUUGUACUUAGUGUUGGCUUCUUUAUGCCUUUUUAAUUAUGCAUCUAUUUCAGUAGUUAUAUCUAUGUAUUUACAUGCAUCUAUUACAUUUGAAUUCACAUGUGAAAAAAGUA